CUCUGGAAUUUGUUUUUGAUCGACAACACUAGUUUUUUUUUAUUUUUUUAUUUUUUUUUUAUUCUAAAGAUUACAAAUAUCUUCCAUCUUUCGUACCUCUACAACCACUGCUUCUGGCUUUUCUACUUUUCGUCUCAUCUCGUCAUGGUCAAUUACAAAGGCGCUUUCGUGUUGGCUCCCAUGGUCAGAAUAGGUGAGCUUCCCACUCGACUCCUCGCUCUCAAGUAUGGUGCUGAUCUAGUAUGGGGACCUGAAAUCAUCGACAGAAAACUUAUUUCAUGUAAGAGAAUUGAAAACACAAAACUUGGAACAAUAGAUUUUCUCUCUACAUCUGGAAAUACUAAAAUACCUGGUGUGACCAAUUUGGUCUUUAGAACUUGUCCUAAACUAGAAUCUCAAAAGUUGAUAUUUCAAAUGGGCACUGCAAACCCUGAAUUGGCUGUGAAAGCUGCUAAAUUGAUCAUAAACGAUGUUGAUGGCAUAGAUAUCAACGCAGGCUGUCCAAAACACUUUUCUAUUCAUGCUGGAAUGGGUGCUGCACUAUUAAAAACUCCAGAUCUUCUUUUUCUGAUUCUUUCAAGCCUUGUCGACCAAAUUGGCAAGCCAUAUAACAAACCUAUUUCUGUCAAAAUAAGACUUUUGGAAAACAAACAGGACACCCUCAAUCUAGUCUCAAAAUUGUUGCAGUCUGGUAUAUCAAACCUAACCAUCCAUUGCAGAACCCAAACAAUGAGAAACAGAGAAUUUCCCAUCAGAGACUACUUGGAUGAAAUCAUUCAGCAAUGUAGACAGAACAAUGUUUCAUGCAUAAUCAAUGGUCAAAUCCAAAGCAAAAAUGAUUACCUAGCUCUCCAAACAAAAUAUGGCUCAGAUGUCGGCGCCAUGAUAGCUGAAGCUGCUGAAUCAAAUCCCUCAGUAUUCAACGACUCUCCCUCCAACUGGCAAUCCGUCAUAAAAGAAUUUGUUCACCUUUCUUCUACCUUUGAUAACUGGUUGGGCAACUCUAAAUAUUGUCUCUUGAAAAUAAUUCCAGGAAAACAUCCACUUUAUUCUCAAAUUGCAAGAGCAAAAACACAUCACGAUCUACUCAAACUUGUAUCCGAAUUAGAAAUUAAUACCGCCAUCACCAACAACAACAAAAAUAAUAAUAAUAAUAAAAACAACAAUAACAAUUCCCAAAAUAAAAGAAAAUUGCAAUCCGAUUCUUCAAAGGCAAAAUUGGAGAAAAAAUUAAAAAUAAACUCCACCAAAUCGAUCUCCGUCUAAUAAUUUCCAAUUAUUUUCUUCUUUCAAUGACUGGAAAUCAGUAGUCUCCAACUAACCACUUAUAUAAAACUAUACUAUACAUCUACGUGUUUCUAAUCGGAAUUGUC